UGCUGGCAGUAGCUCCGGGAGCGCACAUGGUUAACUCAGCUGGCGAGGGAGGGCUGCGCGCCCCGUUCCGCUCCUCCCGUCCCAUCUUGUCCCAUCCUGUCCCGUCCCGCUCCUCUCCGCCGCCUCCGCUUUCCAGAAAGUGCAUUUCCGCCCGGGCCGAAGGAGGAAACGGGGCCGCGGGAGCGGGAGGCGGCGGAGCCGGCGGGGCGGUGCGGGGGGAUGCUCUAGGGAAGGGACGGCAGCGCCGGGAGGAGCAGCCCUGCCCCGGAGCCAGCCUUGGCACCUCACAGGGCACUGCUAUGGAGGGGCUCUGGGUGCCUGGUGUCCUGCUGCUUUCUUGCCUGCUGCUGCCCUCCCCUGUGGGCAGCCAGACCAGACCCAGCCCUGACCGGCGUUUGGAGAUGGACCCCACAGAGGCACCGUCCCAGCACCACGCUGCCAGGGCCAUGCAGGAGCAGCAGGUCAGCAGUGCCCAGGAGAUGCCCCUGCAGCGCCGCUGCGUUCACUGCUGUGAGCAGCCCAGCCAGCGCAUUUACCACCCCCAGUACCAGCCCCUGCCUCAGAUCAACAUGACUAUCCUGAAAGGUGAGAAGGGGGACCGCGGUGAGCGAGGCAUGCAGGGCAAGUUUGGCAAGACAGGGGUGGCCGGCAGCAGGGGCCACGCAGGGCCCAAGGGACAGAAGGGCAGCAUGGGCGCCCCGGGGGAGCGCUGCAAGAGCCACUACGCUGCCUUCUCGGUGGGCCGCAAGAAACCCCUACACAGCAACGACUACUACCAGACCCUCAUCUUCGACACGGAGUUCGUCAACCUCUAUGACCACUUCAGCAUGUUCACGGGCAAGUUUUACUGCUACGUCCCUGGAAUCUACUACUUCAGCCUCAACGUGCACACCUGGAACCAGAAGGAGACAUACCUGCACAUCAUGCGCAAUGGGGCGGAGGUGGUGAUCCUCUAUGCCCAGGUGAGCGACCGCAGCAUCAUGCAGAGCCAAAGCGUCAUGCUAGAUCUGCAGGAGCAGGAUGAGGUCUGGGUGCGGCUCUACAAGGGUGAGCGUGAGAAUGCAGUCUUCAGUGACGAGUACGACACCUACAUCACCUUCAGCGGGCACCUCAUCAAGUACAGCGGAGACCCCUGAGCGCUCGGUGGCUCCCGCUCCUCCUGCCCUGGGCAGGUGUCCGAGGAGCCCCUGCCAUCCCUCACCCUGGGCAUGCCAGCACUGUUAGCUGUUUGCCCAUACACGUGCCACUAACCCCAGCAGCCGCACAGUGUGUGAGUAUCCCCAGCGCUGCUCCUUGAGGCCCAUCAAAUGAACCUUGAGGAGUCAGAGGCAUUUCCAGCCUCUGCUGCACUUGAGGCCGGGAAGCAGCUGUGCACUGGGUGCGGCCAGGGAGCUCAUCCCUUCUUGUGCCUGCUCCAGAGCUGGGUUUGCUGGGACACAGCCUGAGCUGACACCAGCAGAACGGGUUUGACUGCUGGUGCCCUGGAGCAAAGCAGCGCAGACAUGUGCACCAUGUUCCUCCCUUGUUCCCUUGUACUGUGCCACACUCUGCAGGCAUCUAAUCCUGGAAGAAGUCAGAGGGUGCUCAGCACCCAGCAGGGAAGGCAAUAAAACCACUAAGGGCCCCUCUUCCUUUUCACAGAGCUGGGUACCAGCCGCAUGGCCGUCGGGCACCCUCUGAGCUAACACUUCCCCCAUGCAGAUUGCAGCAGUGCCCCUCCACAAGCCCCAUCACAGCUCCUCCCACCGCGGCCUCUGCUUGGUACCAGCACUGCUGGGGGGUGCUGGCUCCCCGGGCAGCCCUGGGUGCGGGGCCUUUGGCCUGAGCCGCUUCCUCUUCAGUUACGUUAUCUGCUGCCCAGACUUUGUAUUUCUGUAGAUGCAAGAGCAGAGUGGGGCCCAGGGCAACAUCCUGGCCCCCUCCCUCUGUACAGCUUUAAACAUUAAACACCCCAUGAUUUCCAGUUCUACUCACA